CUGACGCUACAGCGUCGCCCGACGUCGGCCCUGGAAAAUUUCCCAGUUUCCAGUUCCUGAGCGACGAGAAUCAACGCGCACGCAACCUCGUAUCCCAUAUCCGCGCUCGCCAGCCCGUGCCCUUUUCUAAGCGACAUUGACAUUCACUACAACACUCCUUUAUCGAACCGAGUCGCCAAUUGCAUCGCCAUCACAAUGUCUCCCCCUAUGGUCGCUGGACGGGAGAAGGAGUCGGGGUUGGCUCGCGUGCUUGGUUCAGGUUCCGCUGGUAUUGCUGAGUUGGCCGUCUUCCAUCCCGUCGACACCAUCGCCAAGCGCCUCAUGAGCAACCAGACCAAGGUGUCUGGCGCAUCCCAGCUGAACCAAGUCAUCUUCAAGGACAAGGCAAACGCACCCGUUGCGCGCAAGUUCUUCUCUCUUUUCCCCGGUCUGGGGUAUGCCGCUGGCUACAAGGUUCUCCAGCGUAUCUACAAAUAUGGCGGUCAGCCCGUCGCGCGAGACUACCUGGGGAAGCACUACGGCAAGGACUUUGAGAAUGCGUUCGGCAAGAAGACGGGCAAGGCUAUCAUGCACUCGACCGCUGGCAGCCUUGUCGGCAUUGGAGAGAUUGUCCUCCUCCCUCUCGACGUGCUGAAGAUCAAGCGUCAGACAAACCCAGAGGCCUUCAAGGGCCGUGGUGUCCUCAAGAUCAUCGGCGACGAGGGCUUCAACCUGUACCGCGGUUGGGGCUGGACCGCUGCGCGCAACGCCCCUGGGUCCUUUGCGCUCUUUGGUGGCUCGGCAUUCGCCAAGGAAUACCUCUUCCACCUGCAAGAUUACAACAAGGCGACGUGGUUCCAGAACUUUAUCGCCUCCAUUGCCGGUGCCUCUGCCUCGCUCGUCGUGUCCGCGCCCCUCGAUGUCAUCAAGACCCGCAUUCAGAACCGCAACUUUGAGAACCCCGAGAGCGGUAUGAGGAUCAUGGCCAACAUGGCCAAGAACGAGGGCGUUUCGGCCUUUUUCAAGGGCCUCGUGCCCAAGCUUCUCAUGACCGGCCCCAAGCUUGUCUUCUCGUUCUGGCUUGCACAGACUCUGAUUCCAGCCUUUGACACUGCGUUCCGCAAGUAAUCGCCGACGAUGGCUCGACAACACGAGCAACUGAACCGAACCAGCACAGCGGCAAAGCCACCCAGAAGCGUCGAGUUCCACUCUUCAAACGGCGCGUUAUGAUGUACCGGUCUUUAAUUGGGGUUAUAGAAAUUUUUUAAUGGUUUGAGAACUGGGUGAAUGGGGUUACGUAUUCACGUACGGUUGCAAAGGGUGCAGAGAGCGGCGCGGGUAUUACGCGCUGGACUGCAUAAAGAAGAAGACUCCCUGCUCUGUAUGAUAGACCUGAUGCAGGACCACGAAUCAAGUGCUGCUUCACUGCAGACCGCUCUGCUUUGACGAUAUUUUUCCGCGAGCUACCUAAU